AUCACCUUCAACUCCAUUCCCAUAUUAAGUUAUAGAUCAGCAUCGUUUUUCUUGUUUCUCUAGUAUCAUCGAUAUGCCUAGCAGUACCGAACUCGCGCGAAGACUACAGAGGCUCCAGGAUCAGUACCGUCAGGCUUCGGCUGGAUAUCAGAACGUCUUCGCACAACACCAGACCGCUCAUAAUCAGGUUACGACUGCCCGCCGCAAUCUCGAAGCAGAAGAGAGGGUUGGCCAAUCCCAAGCCAGGGCCCGCAUCCGCCAGAAGUUACUGCAGCAACUGCAACAAGCCGAGGUUAAUGAGCGGUCUUUGAGAUCACAAGUCCAGCGAGCCAACGCCACCCUGAGACGACGUGAAGGGGACCUCCAAGAGGAAAUAAGAUACAUUGAGGAAACAGCUACACUACAAAGGAGGCCAAUUCCACGUGAGCUCGCAGAGAUGAUCUCGGCUUAUAACUACAGAGGACGCUAUCAAAAUGACCCGGACGCCUAAUUGCAGGGUGUCAUCACUGCAUCCUGUGAUUCUCCUAGAGUGUCGUUGGAUGAUGGUUGAAGGUCGUUAUAAACGACCUGUUAUUUCUAGUUAGUGUAGAUGUAAAUGCAAGCCAUUCGUCUCUUA